GGUGGCGUUAGUGCGGGAAUGCGCAGGCGCGCGGGGCGAGAGGCUGGCAGUACGCAUGCGCCGCGUCGGCGUGCGUCACGAAGCGGUUUCUUGGCGCCACUACGCGCGGGAAGAUGGCGGAGCCGGCAGCCAAGUCCGUGCUGUUUGUGUGUCUGGGUAACAUUUGUCGAUCACCCAUUGCAGAAGCAGUUUUCAGGAAACUUGUAACUGAUCAAAACAUCUCAGAGAAUUGGGUCAUUGACAGUGGUGCUGUUUCUGACUGGAACGUGGGCCGGUCCCCAGACCCAAGAGCUGUGAGCUGCCUAAGAAAUCAUGGCAUUCACACAGCCCAUAAAGCAAGACAGAUUACCAAAGAAGAUUUUGCCACAUUUGAUUAUAUACUAUGUAUGGAUGAAAGCAAUCUGAGAGAUUUGAAUAGAAAAAGUAAUCAAGUUAAAACCUGCAAAGCUAAAAUCGAACUACUUGGGAGCUAUGAUCCACAAAAACAACUUAUUAUUGAAGAUCCUUAUUAUGGGAAUGACUCUGACUUUGAGGCGGUGUACCAGCAGUGUGUCAGGUGCUGCAGAGCGUUCUUGGAGAAGGACCACUGAGGCAGGUUCGUGCCCUGCUGCAGCCAGCCUGACUAGACCCCACCCUGAGGCCCUGCGUUUCCCAGUCAGUGUGUAAUAAUCUUCCAGAGCCCAAAGCCCCAGCUCUUUGUUCAGUUGACUUACUGUUUCUUACCUUAAAAAAUAAUUGUAGGUGGAAAUCAGCUGUGAUUGGCAGAGGAAUAAAUAAAACCCUUUGAUUUAGACAGUUGAUGGGUAUGUAAAGCAUUCUUAGACGAGUGCGACAUCUCACUUUGCCCCAAUUACAAAAAUCAUUGCCCUCACUUGAAGGUCCAGGUCAACACCUAAGCCCAUUGAGACCUAGAUCAUGGAGUCUACCUCCUCAGUAGGUUUGUGUGGAUGGCCUGAUGGAGGGCAGGUGCCCUCUGCUCCCCUGCGCUACCUCUCUCUUCCCCAGGGCCUUUUAUGUAUUCACAGUAGCCCCUCCGUGGGAGCUCACAGUAUAGAUUAGAAGUGUUUUAAUUUAUACACACCCGUAGUGCAUACUCGUAUAUUGAAAAGAGAGAGAAGACAGAAGGAUUUAUGGAAUCAGUCAUUAGCACCUUUAAUACUUCUUGAUUUUGUCGAGUUUACUUCAUGAGGAGGUCAGCUCAUUAGCUCCCAUCUGAACCACUUUGCCUCUGAAAAGGACACUUGUAUGCUAGUCUAUCCGUGGUCACUUGAGGAAUGUGACUUUUAUAUGUACAUGUAACUCAGAUGUCCAAUAUAAAUUGGCUUAUUUUUAAAAAUAAUUUUAAAAAUUGGGAAAAGUUUUAUUUGGCAUGCAUAAAUAUUGAUUGUUAAAUAUUCUUCAUCAGCAUUUAAUAAAUGUAUAGGCAGAUACAGGUAAUUUCUGUGUAUUUUGAGUUAAUGUCAAAACUAUAUGAAUAUUUCAAAAUAAACAGGGGAGUUAUAAAAAUACAGCUAGAGAUAUGAA